AUGCUCGAUCUCGGUGCAUACGACAGCAGCAGCGAGGAAGAAGAUACACAAGCACCCCUCCAAUCAAAGCAGACUACAACUCAACAGCCCAUUGCCCCGGCGCAGAUCGAUCAGACAGACAAAGCCCAGCUGUCUGAAUUGAAUGCGCAAAAGCAAGAACAACAGCCUAUUCCCGAAAGCAAAUCUCCAAGUGGUCCCGUUCUCGGUCCUGCAUCGGGACCAGCACCGCCACCCCUCGACAGCGCGCAAUUGCCAAACAACCAACCCAGUGGUCCCUCUUCACCAUACUCAACAUCCCGAGCUCUGGUCCAAGACCUCACCCUUCCCCCUGUACCCAACAUGGAUAUCCCACCUUCACCUCCAGGCUCUCCGAAUCCCGCAGCAAAUGCCAAGUUCGAGCACUUCCUCUCUCUCAAGAAACAAGGCGUCCACUUCAAUUCGAAACUAGCCAGCUCGUCUUCUCUCAAGAACCCCAGCCUUCUAAAGAAGAUGAUGGAACAUGCCGGCAUCAACGAACAAUCGCAAUAUAACACGUCGCUAUCAACAGAGCUGUGGGAUCCUUCCAGUCUGCCCGAGUGGGGCUUUAAAGAGGAGCUCCUCAGAGUGCAGCAAGAUGCUCGGCAGAAAUUAGACGAAAAGAAUGCGGCUGGUCAAAGGUCAUCUGUUGAGUUUGUUUCUGGAUCAGGCGCGAAAUGA